AGCCCCGUAACCGGGCAUUACUCGCCGGCAUCAUCGAAGCCCAGCCCCGAUAUACACUCGACUUGAAGGGGCGAUCUCUUCGUUCCCCUGUAACUUCUCGUCGCCCGCGCCUUGUGGUUCCAGCUACGAAUCUGGGGUCGUGUUCUCAAGGGAACGCCUCCGAUCUGGCUUUGAUCGGAUCCCCCGGCCCUGCGAUCUCUCAUCUCCGUGGCCCUCUGGAGCUUCUGGAUCGAUCGCCUAGUCUGAAACGUUGCAGCAGCUGAUCUUUAUUACUCAUCAGAAGUGGAAUCAGGCACUAACUAAUCCUUUUUGCUAGUUUUAAAAAACCUGAUCUUCUGUAAAAAGGCCUUCGUGGAGAUUAGAAGUAAGCAUACUUAGAAGAUUAGAUUGGUAGCACCCUUAAUCAUUCCAAUCAUGUGGAUGUUCAAGCCAUUCACGGGCAAAGAACCUGUUGGUCUUGAAGGCCGAACAAUUGAUGUUGGUAAUGUAAAGGUCCAUGUUCGGAAUGUCAUAGCACAAGGGGGGUUUUCCUGUGUCUACAUUGCCCUUGAUCCUGCACAAUCAUCUAAACAGUAUGCGCUGAAACAUAUGAUUUGCAAUGAUGCCGAGUCAUCAGAUCUUGUCAUGAAGGAGAUCUCUGUGAUGAAGCUGCUCAGAGGGCACCCUAAUGUUGUGACCCUCAUUGCGCACACCAUACUAGACAUGGGCUGGAGGAAGGAGGCAUUGCUUGUAAUGGAGUACUGUGAGAAGUCUCUGGUUACUGUGCUAGGAAACAGAGGAGCUGGAUACUUCGAGGAGAAACAGAUCCUCUUGAUAUUUAGAGAUGUUUGCAAUGCAAUUUAUGCCAUGCAUUCCCAAUCACCACCAAUUGCCCACAGGGAUUUGAAAGCUGAAAAUGUGCUGCUAGCUCCUGGUGGAGCUUGGAAGUUAUGCGACUUUGGCAGCACUUCUACCAAUCAUAAAUGCUUUGACAAGCCUGAGGAGAUGGGAAUUGAAGAAGACAUUAUCAGGAAGCACACAACUCCUGCAUAUAGAGCCCCUGAGAUGUGGGACCUUUUCAGAAAGGAAGUUUUAUGUGAGAAAGUGGACAUCUGGGCUCUUGGAUGCCUUCUAUAUCGAAUCUGUUAUUUCAAAUCUGCAUUUGACGGUGAAUCAAAACUUCAAGUCCUGAAUGGAAACUAUCGCAUCCCCGACUUACCAAAGUACAGUGCUUCUAUGACCGGCCUGAUCAAGGGCAUGCUUGAAGCUUCUCCAAAUGCCAGACCAGAUAUCAUGCAGGUUUGGUUUCGUGUCAAUGAACUGCUUCCCGAAGAGUUGCAGAAGCAUUUACCUGAUGGCUGUGCUGAAGCUGUUGCCAUGCAUCGAUCUCGUUCAGAUUCACAAGAUCAAGAAGUCUCAAGAAAGACUUCUUUGAUGCGUCGAAGGAGCCCACCACCACCACCUUCCUCACAAGAAUCUGAGGAUACGCAACACUCUGGACCGUCUCAAGAUGCUUCAUGGGAAGGGGGGCCCAUCGGUGCAUUUUGGUCCACCCAACAUGGGAAGGAUUCAGCGGUUAUAGAUAAUAAGAGAUCUUUCUUUAAUGAACCAGUCAAACAAGCAGUGUCAAAGCAGAAUCACAGUACCAUUAUAAGCAAAGAUAGCCCUCCAAGGGAAAGCCAUGCCCAUUCCCGACAGCCAGGAAGGAUUGAACGGGGAAACCCUGCUGAUGAGGACUUUGAGAAAAAAAUUUCCCAAGAAAUGAAGCAUUGUUCCCAGAGGCCAAAGGUGUUGUACCCUGAGGAGAAACCAGCUUUUGAAAAUGAAACAUUCAAUACUUUGGUGGCUGAUUUUGAUGUCAGCAAGUUGAACUCGAGGAAUAUUGUUAGUGACAUAAAAUCAAGGAAAGAAGAUCUGGAAGCAGAAGUCGGUAAACUAAAAGAACAGCUGAAGCAAGCCAACUUGGAGAAAGUAGAUAUGACAUCCAAAUAUGAAAAUUUAUCUGCCAUCUGUCGCUCUCAGCGACAAGAGAUACAGGAGCUGAAGAGUGCUCUUUCGGCACUAAGCCCAUCACUACCAAGCAAAGAUAGGUCAAAGAGUCACAACCAUCCUGGAAGCUUGGAGUCUGCAGCUCUUGUACAUAUUUCAGCAAUAACUUGUUUUAUAACCCAAGGGACAAGAUGGAAGGAAGUGUAUGGGACCUUCAGCAAGGAAUGAUGUCCAACCCUUCUGCAUCAUCACACAGACCAGAGCUGAAGACAUGGAAUGCUUUCCAUGGAGAACCCAAAAUUCAGGCUGCACCAAGAAGCAACCAUCCUAUAUCUUCUGGAGCAACUAAUGUCCCUAAAAAUGUUACGCAGGCUGCAGAGCACUCGAGACAUCGGUGGGGUUUUGAUAUGGAAAAUUUUGCUGAUCCAUCUGGUCCACAAGCAUCCAGGAUUUCUGCCGAAGGAAUUACUUCCCAGAGGUUUAACGGUGGGGCAACAAAGAAAACAGAAUCUGAGCAGCCUGCCGGAUGGGCCGGGUUUUGAUUUGCCUUCCGAAAAUAAUCUCGAGCUAAUGCAUAGUGUCUACAUGAUAUGAUACUCUCGCAUGGUUUGCACGACAGCAAUGAGCAAGGGAACUCAUAUUUUGUACCGCCUGUCAUGUUGCUUGUGGGGAAAGGUUCGAUGAAGGGGAUAUCAUUGGCAAAUCAAGCUUAGGGUUGUUUCUGCCCUUCAGCGUAUCCUGUUGAGGGGAACUGCAUUUUGCUAGGGAAGAUGAUUUCUCUUCUUCGGGAGUUAAAUUCUGGUAAAUGGUGUUUGCUGUCCGUUUGAUGUUGUGUUAAAUUGAUUGUUUGUGCUUCAGCAUUCUCUUAUAGAGGCCAUGAUACUGACUCUCGUCUUCUUCUAGCCUUUCCCGCUACAUAA